AUUGUUACAUCGAACAAAUUCAGCAUUUCACAACAAUUUGGUUGAUUGAUCAAGAUUUUAUCGCAUUAACUUUUCUAAAUUAAACAUAAUACGGAUAGUAAAAUUAAUUUUUCGUAAUAGAAAAAGAUUUUUCUUUUCAUUUAGGAAUAAUUCAUUUAUUAAACGUCAUCAAUACGAGAACAUAAAUUAAGUGGACUAGCUAUCUCUGUGUGUGCGCAAAGACAGAAAAGUUAAAUAACACAUUUCCACCCGGCAUCUGGAUCAUUCGUUAAAAUGGCCCAUCGCUUGUUGAGCACCGCAAAGGCGAUGGAACGUUGUAUGCGGCGUUCCUAUGUUAAUUACCAAAAUGUUUCUGCAGGCGAAAAGGUGCAACGUGGAGUUGUGAGUCUUGAACAAAUGCCAUUGGUACGUUACUUAAUGGAACAGAUUAGGUAUUUCUGCAAGAAACCUCCAAAGGGUUUCGAAAAAUAUUUUGAAGAAGGCAAGGCGGCCAAACCAGCAGCCAGUGAAGCCUCGGCAGCCGGAAAAGAUGCAUCUGCCAAACCAACAGAAAAACCAGCGUCAUCAACACAGUCUUCGCAGAAAAGUAACGACUGGAAUUUUGGCAUGUUCAACAAUACCGCUAGGCAGCAAUCAGGUGGUGGUGGUGGUAAGGGAGGACAAGGUCGUCCAAUCGGUGAGGGCGGUGACGGUAACAAGGAGAAAUUGGUUAUUCUUGGAGCCAUAGCUGCUGUGGGUUUGAUAGCUAGUUUAGCUUUCUUUGAGAUGGGUUAUAAGGAAAUAUCUUGGAAGGAUUUUGUUACCACUUACCUUAAUCGGGGAGUGGUAGAAAAACUAGAAGUGGUCAACAAAAAGUGGGUUCGCGUUCGUCUAUUGCCCGGUAACUCUCAAGAUGGUAGCGGAGUUUUGUGGUUUAAUAUUGGCAGUGUCGAUUCCUUUGAGAGAAAUUUAGAAAACGCCCAAAUAGAACAGGGAGUGGAACCAGUGAAUUUUGUUCCAGUAAUUUAUCGUACCGAGGUGGAAGCAUCUAGUCUGACUGGGCUUUUACCCACACUACUAAUAAUUGGGUUCUUGGUCUAUAUGAUGCGCCGUUCGGCAGAUAUGAUGGGUGGCAAAGGGCGCAAAGGAGGUGGUUUAUUCGGGGGUGUCAUGCAAUCGACAGCCAAAUUGAUUAAUUCCAGUGACAUUGGAGUACGAUUCAAGGAUGUAGCUGGUUGCGAGGAAGCGAAAAUUGAAAUUAUGGAAUUUGUGAACUUUCUUAAAAAUCCUCAAAAAUAUAUUGAUUUGGGAGCUAAAAUUCCCAAAGGUGCUAUGCUGACAGGUCCACCUGGCACAGGAAAGACUAUGUUGGCUAAAGCCACUGCCGGAGAAGCCAAUGUGCCUUUCAUUACAGUCUCUGGCUCAGAGUUUUUGGAAAUGUUUGUUGGUGUUGGUCCCUCUCGUGUACGUGACAUGUUUGCCAUGGCACGCAAAAAUGCUCCUUGCAUUCUGUUUAUCGAUGAAAUCGAUGCUGUGGGACGCAAACGUGGCGGUAAAUCCUUUGGCGGCCAUUCGGAACAAGAAAACACACUCAAUCAACUUUUGGUGGAAAUGGAUGGUUUUAAUACCACCACAAAUGUUGUGGUGCUGGCCGCUACAAACCGUGUGGAUAUUUUAGAUAAAGCCUUGCUGCGUCCAGGACGUUUUGAUAGACAAAUAUUUGUACCAGCUCCCGACAUCAAGGGAAGAGCCAGUAUAUUCAAAGUCCAUUUGGGUCCUUUGAAAACCGAUCUGGAUAAAAUAGAAUUAGCUCGAAAAAUGGCCGCUUUGACUCCAGGUUUUACUGGAGCCGACAUCGCUAAUGUUUGCAAUGAGGCCGCUUUGAUUGCAGCCAGAGAUUCCAAUGAUUCCAUAAUACAAAAGCAUUUUGAACAAGCUAUUGAGCGCGUUAUAGCGGGCAUGGAAAAGAAAACAAAUGUUUUGGCUCCCGAGGAAAAGAAUACUGUGGCGCAUCACGAAGCUGGGCAUGCUGUAGCGGGUUGGUUCUUGGAACACGCCGAUCCUCUACUGAAGGUUUCCAUAAUUCCCAGAGGCAAGGGCUUAGGCUACGCCCAAUAUUUGCCUAAAGAUCAAUAUUUACUCUCCAAAGAGCAAUUAUUCGAUCGCAUGUGCAUGACAUUGGGCGGACGUGUGGCUGAGGAACUGUUCUUCAAUCGCAUCACUACCGGGGCCCAAGAUGAUUUGAAGAAAAUAACUGACAGUGCUUAUGCACAAAUUGUGCGCUUUGGUAUGAACGAAAAAGUAGGCCAAGUUUGUUUUGAUGGCCAACAAGGUGAUGCCAACUUCACAAAACCGUAUUCUGAGGAAACAGCACAAUUGAUUGAUCAAGAAGUCAGAGCCUUAAUCACACAAGCACACAAGACUACCACCGACCUACUGACCAAGCACAAAGAGGAUGUGCGCAAAGUGGCCGAACGAUUGUUGAAGAACGAAGUACUUAGUCGUGAUGAUAUGAUCGAGCUGUUGGGCAAACGGCCAUUCAAAGAGAAGUCAACCUAUGAGGAAUUUGUCGAAGGCACUGGCUCCUUUGAAGAGGACACAACGCUACCCAAAGGUUUGGAAGAUUGGAACAAAGAUCCAACUCCGCCCCCUUCAUCGGACAAGCCAUCAAAACCAGCGGCAACGGCUACAUAAAGAACUAGCGCCAUCGGCUUUUAAAGUUGAACGCGCGAUAUAUAUUAUUCAAACUGUUUUCUUUCUGUGCUGACAGGGAGAGAGUACUUCCCUCAAACAACUUUGUUAUCGAUGUGUUUCCAGUUUUGGAUAUAAUUUAAUUGUUUUAUUAUUUUUAUAUUUGUAAGUUCUGUAUUUAAUGGAGUUCCAAAUAUUUGGUCUUCUUCAACGUACGUAUGUCAUAGCAUUGUUGUAAAAGCCGACUAAACGAAAAAAAAACAAGUUUCUAUCAUCAAUAUAACGAAUUCAUGCAAAUUUAACAUUAUUACCAAUGUAUUGUAAUUGAAAUAUUAAAAAAGAAAGAGUAAUUACUUCAUAAAGGAAAAUAUUGCGAAUGCAAAAUAAAGUUUAAAUACCAUUAAUAAUUUUUGUGAACUUCAUAUGAAUACUUAAA